ACUAUUUAAUAGGUAUCAUUUACAUCAUAUCACUAUUGUAGUAUUUUUUUAGUAUUCCUACAUUGUUAUUAAUAUAAAAUAGUAAAAUGUCUUAUACAUGUUCGAAGAAAGCUCUAAUAUUCGGCAUACUCGUCGCUUUUGUAGUCGCAGGGAUAUACAUGUACUACACAAUAGUUGUCACUAAAACGGAUUCAUCGAGACCUUAUCAAAAUAUAAGUGUCGUCCACCCUGCUCUCAAGUUUGCUGUCGUUAUUUUUCGGCAUGGUGAUAGAGCGCCACUUUAUUCAUACAAGACCGAUCCGUAUACUAAUGCUUUUCCAGAAGGGAAAUCUCAACUGACAAAGUUAGGAAAACGACAUAUGUUCACCAAAGGACAGAUUUUGCGUCGACUUUACGACGGUUUCUUGAGCAAAGUGUACUUACCAAAGGAAAUUUAUACAAAAACUACGGCCGUGGCACGGACGCACAUGUCUGCUGGUCUGGUCUUAGCAGGACUUUAUCCUCCGACAGGUUAUCAAAAAUGGUUGGACAGUGAAACCGUAUGGCAACCAAUUCCUAUUUAUGGCGGAUCUCCAGAUCACAGUGAUGGAAUUUUUAACAAUUGUCCGUCCGGUUCUUCAUCAUUCAAAACUGCCAUUGUAAAAUCUACACAACUUGACAACGAAACGCAUGAAGAAUUAUUAUCGUACCUAUCAAAUAAAUGUGGACAACCCAUACAAUUAUACGAUAUAUACUCCUUAUACGAUUUGCUUAACUGUCAGAUAAAUGCCGGUCUUCAACCACCGGAUUGGACCAAUCCUAACUACUAUGAACAAAUUGCAGUUAUAGCCGAGAGAAAAGAAAGUAGACAAUUCCUUUGCGGAAAUAAGAAAUUACAAAACUUGUUUAUUGGUCCGUUAAUAAAGGAAAUCGCUUCGGAAAUUCAAGAAAAAUCACACAACAGUACCUCCGAAUUACAAAAAAUGAUUAUGUAUUCCGGGCACGACCUUACUAUACAAUUUAUUGCAACUAUUUUGGGCAAUGAAAUGACACAGCCACAUUAUGGCGCUUCAUUGCAUUUCCACUUGUAUCGCUAUAACGAAACAGAAGGGGACAUCGUAAAAGUACUUUUUUAUAAAUCGUGGAACGACAACGAAGGAAACACAUUGCCAAUAUCGGAUUGUGGCGACCCUUGCAAAGUCGACGAUUUCGUUAAGUUAUUCAAUGGUGCGUUUACAAAAACGUGGGAAGAAGAGUGCCAGGAAGAAGAAUAACACGAACAUUAUACAUAUGUAUUACGGUUGCACAAUAUAUACUGUGCCUAUCAUAAUAAAUAUAUUGAUUUUAUAA